GGUCUGACCUAGCCAUCUGGCUAACAGCGUGAAUGAUACCUUCCUGAGAUGUUUUCUCACAUAUUUUGCAAGAUAGAAGCCAGCUAACAUGCAUAGGUCUACAACACUCUUCCCUCGGCUGUCCUACCAUGUGCUGGCCCACUGCAGAGGAUACUGUGUGUUGAGAGGCAGCUCAAGGUCGCUAAUCUGUGGCCCACAACCCCAUGUAGUCAGCCGAUUGGAGCCAAGAUGGACGCCUAGUAUCCAACACAGCUACCCAGUACCCCCAUCCCCCCACGUCACUACUCUCACCAAAUACUCAGACUUAUCCACCCAAAAAUACAACCUCAUCUACUCCUUACCUCACAUCAAACUCCUGAGAGCGGUCUCCAGACUCAAACUGAUCCAAACCGGAAUCACCAUGCUCUUACUCCCGCCCGUCUACUACAUGUAUUCCCAAGGAGAUGCUUCGUACCUACUGGUUAGCUACAGCACGGGGAUAGCGGCGUUCGCCACCGUCAUGCUCUACUCGGCUAGUCACUACCUGAGACGCGUCGUCGGGAUGAUGUACCUGGAUGAGUCCCAGACGACGCUGAAAGUGUCUCACCUGACGUUCUGGGGACGCAGGAAGGACGUGUAUCUGCCCGUGACGGACGUGAUGACUCUGGGGGACACCGGGGACUCCAUAGGGGAGACUAUAUUGAGGUUGAAGCGAUAUAGUAGUUCUGAGACGCUGUACUUCUCAACUAGACUGGGACGUGUGGUGGAUAGGCAGGCCUUUGAGAAAGUGUUUGGGACUUUGAUUUGAUGUUUUUAUAGGGCUUUUCAGAGCCGAACCAAGCUGUACUGAGCCAAACAGAGCCCAGCCAAGCUGUACUGUCGAACAGAGCCCAGCCAAGCUGUACUGAGCCGAACAGAGCCCAGCCAAGCAUCCAUUAUAGUUCCUGGAACUGUGCUGAAAAGAUCUGAGCCAGCACAGUUAGGUCUGGGUUGACACAGUGGUGUGAAAAGGGUAAAGAGAUGACUACCUACAUAUACUGCAGUCUGUUCUGUUCCAUUUCUUGACUACUGUAUGUGACCAAAAGAAACAGUGACAUAUGUGUUGGACAGCUGCUCAGACUCACAGCCUUCAAUAAAGACACCCUGAUCAUUUA